AUGAAGUUUUCUAAGUUGAUCGGAUUUACUGUAUUGAAUGUUUUGAGCUGUCUCUGUGCUGCUACAUCAGCUAACAACAGCGAUAAUGUGGAACACGAACAGGACGUUGUAGAAGCGGUAGCGCCACCUUCUAUUAAUAUAGAGGUGAAAUAUGAUGUCGUUGGAAAGGAACCAAAUGACCAGGAUGGUUUCCUUGAGUUUUACGCUGAGGACACCGCUACCCUUGCCUAUAACGUUACUAACUGGGAAGAUACUAAUAUCACAAUUUUUGGUGUCAACGGAACAAUUGUUACAUAUCCACAAGGUUAUCCUGUGGCGGACAUUACAGGUGCUAAUGUUGGGCCCUACGAAAUAGAGGUCAACGGAACAUCAAAAUUCGGACAAGAUGUUACGUUGAAUUUACCGGAAGGACAAUACUUUUUAAUUCCAUUUUUAUUAGCCUCUAGAUUCGACGAAGUCGUGAGAAUUGCGGCACCACCAACCCUAUUCGAAAUUGUAAGCCCACCCAUUUCUUUCUUUAACCCACAGUUUUUGUCUGUUCAGGUCAUCUUCUUGGCCAUCAUCGGGGGUGUAAGUUAUUACUACAUGAAGUCUAAAACAAACCAAAGACCUUCCAAGAAAAAUGCCACUGUCAAGAAAAUUGAUGAAUCAUGGUUGCCAGAAACUUAUAAAAAAUAA